AUACCGGACAAAAUGUCAAUCACAAUUGCCACGCAAUUAGUACAGAUAUUCUGCAACUAUGGAUUACCCAAAGUACUUCAGUCAGACAAUGGCACAGAAUUUGUGAACGAAUUAGUGAAACUGUUCAUGCAAAAUAGAGGAAUUGAUCAUAGACUAGUCAUACCCUACCACACAUGUGCAAAUGGUAUCGCCAAAAAAUGG